AUGUUCAAGCCAACAUUAUUUGUUUGCCUUUUGGUCCUCUUGUCAUGUGUCUCUGCCACUGAUGUGGAUGAGUCCGCCGCCUCUGUUGCAAUCAGUGGCAACUACUACUUCUUCAGAUCAUCUGGUAUCGUCUGUGUUAAGGAUCCAUGCCCAUCAUGGUUGGCCUCAGACAUCAAUGGCGAGACUCAGAACAUCACCGUCCACUACCUGUCCUUCGCUCCAAACCUCAACCAAACGGUCAUCUUUGAGGCUGCCAACGAGGAGGUCAUCGUCUAUGGUUACCUCAUUGUCUACUAUGACCGUGGAACCCCCAUCAGAAGAUUGAACGUUCGUCAUGCCUUUAGACAGCUCCCACUCAGCCCAGAGGACCAAGAGACCAAGUCUGGACAGUUCUACUUUGUCGACUACUCUGGAAUCGCCUGCAUCACCACCCCAUGCCCAUCAUGGAAGGCCACCGCUUUGAACGGAGGUGACCAGUACAUUGCUGAUAACUACAUUGAGCCAUACUCCAACUAUGCUUACUUUGACUCGAACUGGUUGUCCAAGAAGGUGUUGGACACUGCCAUCCCAUACAAGGCUAUUGUCCAGGCCAACAUCUUUGAGAGUACCAUCAUUGGUAAGGCCAUCUACGUCAACAUCCUCGACCCAAUUGAGAAGUGCCCACCAGUUCCCAUCGUUGACUGCAUCAGAGGAUUGGUCCCAGUGUACACCCGUGACUCUAACCGUUGCAAGAAGUUCACCGCCUGCAUCAAGCCAGGUGCAUGCACCCGUGAGUUCCCAACCUGUGACGUCGAGGGUUACUCUCUGGUCACAUUCCCAUCCAAGCCAAACGCUUGCACCAAGGCAUUCUGUGAUGCAUCAUUCUUGAGCCAGCAGUAA